AGCGAGAAGGUCGGUGGAGCAGAAGGAACCAAGCUAGAUGAUGACUUCAAAGAAAUGGAAAAGAAGGUGGACAUCACCAGCAGAGCAGUGUUGGACAUCAUGACCAAAACCACAGAGUACCUACAGCCUAAUCCAGCAUCCAGAGCCAAGCUGAGUAUGAUCAACACCAUGUCAAAGAUCCGCGGCCAGGACAAAGGACCCGGGUACCCGCAGGCUGAGAGCGUCCUGGGAGACGCCAUGUUGAAGUUUGGACGGGAGUUAGGGGAGGAGUCCAGCUUCGGUUUGGCGCUGAUCGAUGCCAGCGAGGCGAUGAAGGAGCUCGGGGAGGUGAAGGACGCCUUGGACAUGGAGGUCAAACAGAACUUCAUCGACCCGCUGCAGAACCUCCACGACAAAGACCUCAAAGAGAUACAGCACCAUCUGAAGAAGAUGGAGGGACGCCGCCUGGACUUCGACUACAAGAAGAAGCGUCAGGGGAAAGUCCAGGACGAUGAAAUCAAACAGGCGUUGGAGAAGUUCGACGAGAGCAAAGAGAUCGCAGAGCAGAGCAUGUUCAACCUGCUGGAGAGCGAUAUAGAGCAGGUGAGCCAGCUGGCAGCGUUGGUUCAGGCUCAGUUGGAGUACCACAGCCGCUCUGCCGAAAUCCUCCAGCAGCUCUCCAGUAAGAUGGAGGACAGGAUAAAAGAGGUGUCCACUAAGCCGCGGAAGGAGUACGCUCCGAAACCCCGAAUGGCCCUGGAGCUGCUGCCGCCCAGCGAGAGCCACAACGGGGGGAUACACUCGGCCAAAUCGCCCGGAAGAUCACCAGCCCCCAUGGACCAGCCCUGUUGCCGAGCGCUCUACGACUUCGAACCAGAGAACGAAGGCGAGCUGGGCUUCAAAGAAGGCGACGUCAUCACCUUAACCAAUCAGAUCGAUGACAACUGGUACGAGGGCAUGAUCAACGGCCAGUCGGGCUUCUUCCCCAUCAACUACGUGGAUAUCCUGGUGCCGCUCCCUCAUUAGGUCUCGCCAUGGACCUUAACCCCUUCGACCAAUCCAGAAACCCCUGAAAACAGCCUGUAUUGCAUAAACAACAAAAACCACGCCCUCCUUCUACUUCUUCUUCUGUGCUUCUGUGCAAUUCUGCUUUCACAAAACGGACUGAAAUGACUGAGACGGAGACGUGGUGGAUGAGACGAGGCAGUGGGACAGUGAAGAAGAAAGGGGGAGGAGGAUUUUGGUGUGAGAGAUGCAGAAGAAAGGUAGAAGAGAGGGACUGAGAGGGACAAGAAGAUGGAUGGAUGAUCUUUUACAGCGCUCACUCAGUCGCGCUCCGCUCAGCCGGGCAGCACUGGAAACCAAUGAGGCUUUGGAGACUUAAGGCGCGGUGUAUAUCUACGUGCAUGUAUGUGUCUGUAUGUGCGUUUUGACCCGUUUACUCUAUUAUGACCGAGCCAGCACAAAGUCCUGCUUGACAGCUUUUUUUCAUGCUGUCUUCUCCUCUUCUUAAGUUUCUUGCUGUUUUUUCUCUCAGAGUACUUCUGUCUUUUCUACCUUGACUUGCCUUCCUGUGCUCUUCUUCUUAGAUUUCCCAGCAACUGUCACAGUCUUCCCCACUUUCUGUCUCUUUCUUUCUUCCCUCCUUGGCUAGCACUGCCUUUCAGCAUGGCUCCACACUGUAUGCAGGCCUCUAUCUAACCCAUGAUACAGUCGGUCACCGGACCCUCCUGCUUUUUCGAGAAUAUCUCUUGUAACAUACUCGGCCUCUCCGAGUCUGCGUAGACUCUCGGCUCAGUGGCUGUAUGCAUGAACCAGCCAAAUCAGAAAUCUGAGUGACAAAAUGCUACUUGAAAUGUAGUUUUCAGGAGUGCAUCUUUGAAAUAAAAGCUGUAUCUGCAAUAAGUAGAUUAUUCCAGAAUGAAAAAGACAAUGCUCGAUCACUUGCUUUGAGGGUCAGAAGUAGCAUUCGUUGUUAAACAUGUCAGCUCCAGAGAUGAAAAAGAAAAAUCUUGAUUUAUCUGACAGCAGCUACACGCUAACAGCCAGAACAUGCCAGUUGUAUUGAACCAAACUUUGAAAGUCGUGGUUUUUCCAGUAUGCAUAGAGGAAAAUAUGCUUGUGUUUUCUCUGUGUACUAUUCUGAGUAACCAAUUCACAGUGUUUUGUGUGUACUGUGUGGAGUAGAUGCUUGUUAACUCGUCUUAUAUGUGGCCUGUAUGCAGGAAUAUGUGAACGGUGGUAGCCAUUCUGAAAUUACUGUUUUAAGUCCUCUAACUUAAAUUACGUUUACAAAGGCUGAUGAUUGGCAGGAAAUCAAACAUUUAAAACAUUAUAUCAUUUCCCCAGUGCCCUUAACUUCACUCAACAUCCUAGAACUCGAGGAAUUUGAGAAUGCUAAAUAAAUUACAGAACCCUCAGAACAUUCUAGAAUCCUGGCAGCGUUCCAUACCGCUCAGAACACGAUCUGAUCCAAUGAAAUUUCUCUGUAAAAUUCAUCAACCUCAUCAUGGCAGUGAUUCUGACUUGACCUUGGGGAACAUUCUAGAACUCAGAGAAGUUCUAGAAUCCUCAGAAUGUUGUUAAAAUCUUUCCAACAUUCUAGAAUCUUGCCGGCAUCUCUUCUUCCCGCAGAACGUUACCUGAUAUACUGAAAUUUCUCUGUAAAAUUCUUCAGCCUCAGCAUGACAGUAAGUCUGACUUGACCUUGGGACCUUCUAGAAUGCUGUGAAAGUUCCAGAACCUUCAGAACGUCCUUAGAAUCUUUCAAACAUCACAGAACCUCAGAACAUUUCCUCAGCAUUCUUGCCCACGGAAUAAUCUGUAAAUGUUCUGUCAUUCCAGGAUCUUGGCCACACCCUGAUAUGCUCCGUUACAUUUAAGAAACUUUUGAACUGAGGAGUUUGUUGGUGUCAUUUUGAACUAUAGAAGGAUGUUUUUAGACCUCAGAAGCAUCCUGGAUCGAUGUCAUAUAUUUGGGCAUACUUAGAACAUUCUCGAACCUUUACAGCAUUCCUGCCCACAGAUUUAUCUAGAUUAUUUUUUUUUUAUCAUUCCAGAAUAUUGGAAAUAUUUUAAAACACUCCAGUACAUUUAAGAAACUUUUGAACAUGUAGUUUCUUAGUUCUUACGAAUAUUCCAGCCAGGUUAGUGAAGUGGUUGGCAUUGGUGGUAAAUGUUAGCCGUGCUAGUUCCCCGGAGUAAGCAUCACGUACAGUAUAAAGUGGGAUUUGUUCAGUGGCUAUAACUGUUACUCCACUUAAGUGCUACCUACAUAUGUUUGUAUGUGUACGAAGCGUUCAUUAUAAGGCAGUGUUAAAUAGUCUACUCUAACAAAGACCUCAUGAGAAAAGUUAAUUAUAGUUAAAGGCUGUUUAAUGAUUCAACUAUUAUCACUGAAUUCGGAUGAAACAGAUUUCUCUUGUAACGGAAACCAUCAGUUUGUGUUUUGCCUCUGAUGGCAGCAGAACAUUUUUAACUUCAGGAAGUUGACAGAGUGCUUUACAAUUAGACGAUUCUAUUUGAGUCGACACUAAAAGCAGUUGAAAUGUUGUAAAGUUAAGAUUUCUUUUCAAACGUGUUCUCUUCUUAUGUCUCAUUGUUCUGUUCAAACAAAACAUAACACUGAAGAACUUACUUUUAUAUCCAUGGUUUCUUGGAAUGGGCGUUCAGUAUGGUGCUGGGUUUAUAUCAACUCCAUUGUACAUAAAACAACUGAAUAGUGUCCAAGACUGGAGGUUUACUGUACCCACAGCGUCUUUGCUCUGGUAUACGUGCAAGGUCCAUGCUAAUCACUUUGACUCUUGUUCUCAUUUACCAUGCUAACAUUUCUAAAAUAAUAACAUUUAAUGGAUAUUAUAUUGAAUAUUUAAUGUAUCAACUGUAUUGUUAAAUUAAAAAGCUUAGGGUUUUUCCAUCUAGGUAUUGUUUAUUUAAGAGUCAAAAAACGUCUGUAGUUUAUGCUAGCAUGGCUAAUGCUAAUGUGCCAGUUGUGGCUAACCAGCUAGCGUUUCACUUCACAUUC